UGAAGAAGCAGUUAGCUUAACUACUGACGGUUGGACUAGCCGGGCUACACAAAGCUAUGUCACAAUAACUGCCCAUACAGUUUCAAAAGAUUAUGAAAUGAAAAGUUUUGUUCUGCAAACAAGACACCUAGAUGUAAGUCACACAGCUGAAAACUUGAGUGCUGUUCUUAACUCGGCUAUAGUAGAGUGGAACCUAGUAAAAAAGGUCAAAAUCCUGCCAUCACAACAGACAAUGCAGCCAAAAUUGUUAAUGCAGUACAAAUGUGUGGUUUGCAGCAUGUGCGUUGUCUUGCUCACGUCUUUAAUUUGACAGUUCACAAGGGGCUCAAAAAUGAAACUGUUUCCAAUUUGUUGAAAAAAGUAAGGCGGAUUGUAGGAUUCUUCCAUCGAAGCAGUACCGCAGCAGCACGGCUCGCUGCUAUAGCCACAGCCCUUGGAAUGAAACCCCUCCGGCUCAUUCAAGAUGUCGACACACGAUGGAAUAGCACCUUUGACAUGUUAGAAAGAUUCGCUGGCCAGAGAACUGCUGUGGAUGCCACUAUGAAAUUGCGUGACCUGAAAAUCAAGGAACCCCCGCUUACUGAAGAUGAUGGGGAGUUUAUAGAUCAGCUGAUUAAGCUCCUUGAGCCAUUCAAGACAGCUGCAACAGUUCUGUGUGGUGAGAAGUAUCUGACAGUCUCUCUUAUAUUCAACUACAAGAAGCUGCUGACUCUGCAUGUGACAGCGCAUGAUUUGGACAGUGAAACCAUCUCAAGAGUCAAGGCUGCCAUGCUCGCAGCCAUGAUCUGCAAACACGUAGAAUUAUUUCUGGUAGAGUGCAGCCUUGUUGACCCAAGAUUCAGGGAUAUCCAGUUCAUCACUGAUCAGAACAUAACUGAUGCGCUGGCAGCCAUCAAAAACAAAAUGUCUACCAUUGCUCUUCGGAUGGGAUUGAUGAGACAAACAGCUGUCACACAGGAGGAAGCUAAGGCCACAGCUGAUGACAGUGACCAGCCCCCUCAGUUGAACGUCCUGAAUGAUGAGGAGCAAUCUGAUGACAACAACAACUACAAGGAGCAAGAGCCAGCUAUUGUUGUUGAAGACACCCCAGAGGCAGAUAAUGACAAAAAACCAACAAGUGCUCUAGGACGUUUGUUUGAUGUGUUCAUUACUAAAGAAGAGUCUUCUGCUGCUGAUAAAGUUAAAUUAGAGCUGAACUGUUAUCUGAAAGAAUCAAGGGCGAAACUGAAAGGGAAUCCAAUAGACUGGUAGGGGGCAAGGUCUGACAAAUAUCCUAUUCUAGCUAGAGUUGCCUGUUCAUAGUUGAUCAUCCAAGGAACAUCUGUGGCUAGUGAAAGAGUAUUUUCUACUACAGGAUACCUUGUAUCGGUCUGAAGGGCUUGUCUGUUGCCAGAAAAUGUAGAUAAACUUGUCUUCCUUACGAAGAACCUUAAAGUUAAAAAGGUUAAAGCUAAACCAACUUUGAGUGCUUCAGAAGCACCCGGGGGGACAGAAUGACUUUGUAACAAUUCAAUUUAUUGAUGUGAUAAUCUGAACACUUAGAUUUAAUAUGUGUUUACUUUCAGUAUUGUGUACAUUUUGAAUUUUGAUUCAAGAAUUCGUUAACAAUGUUCAUCUUUAAUCUAGUCAUAUUGCAGAUUUUUUGUUUAUUUGUGUCUUGUUCUGAGAAAACUGGGUAUAAUGCAUGUGCGUAAAUUGUCGUCCCGGAUAAGCCUGUGCUGUCUGAACAGGCUUAUCAGGAACGACACUUUCGGCUUAAACUAGAUUUUCUGUUAAAACAUAAAAGAGACUCAAGAAUGCUUAGGCCUAUGAUCAUGAAACUUCAUAGGUACAUUGAUCAUGACUGUUAGAUGACCCCUAUUGAUUUUCAGGUCAAUAGGUCAAAGGUCAAGGUCAUGGUUACUCUAAAUAGUAAAAUGGUUUCCGAAUGAUAAUUCAAGAAUGCUUACGCCUAGGAUCAUGGAACUUCACAGGUAAAUUGAUCAUGACUUGCAGAUGACCCCUAUUAAUUUUCAGGCAAAUAGGUCAAAGGUCAAGGACAUGGUGACUCGAAACAGUCGAAAUGGUUUCCGGAUAAUACUCAAGAAUGCUUAGACCUAGGAUCAUGAAACUUCAUAGGUACAUUGAUCAUGGCUGGCAGAUGACCCCUAUUGAUUUUCAGGUCACUAGGUCAAAGGUCAAGGUCACAAUGACUCGAAACAACAAAAUGGUUUCCGGGUGAUAACUCAAGAAUACUUAGGCCUAGGAUCAUGAAACUUCAAAGGUACAUUGCAUCGUUCAUCAUGACUGGCAGAUGACCCCUAUAGAUUUUCAGGUCAAAGGUCAAGGUCACAUUGACAUAAAACGUAUUCACACAAUGGCUGCCCCUACAACUGACAGCCCAUAUGGGGAGCAUGCAUGUUUUACAAACAUCCCUAAUGUAGAAGUGGAUCAGCUGUAUAUAACAGUAUUCAGGGUAUUGUUUCAGUUUCCUUGUAAAACCUACGUUUUUUGUAUAAAAAGUUCUACCUUCUGUCAGGACCAAGUCAUGCCUACAAACUAAUUGCUUCCUUUAUCAUGCAUUAUGCCCCCGGUAAAGAGAUAUUUUGCGCAUAUAUUUGCCCAUUUAUCCUUAUUUACAUAUGAUGCAUUCACAUUGGUCCAUGUCAACAAUAUGAGAUUCCAGGAGCAGAUGCUUAUUUAAUUUCCAUUC